UAAAAGUCCCGCUCGUUGUUCCGGCGACGGCUGUGGCCGCUUUAACAUCUUAUUGUGAAGCCUUCAACCGGGGCUCCGACUUUUUAUUCACGUUCGUUUAACAUUGCUGCGAGCGAGCAGGCGGAGAGGAACGGCAUCUAAAAAACCGACUUGGAAAAACUACUUAGCGAGCUCCAAAUCUUGGCCUUGAGAGGGCACCAGCAUGAGCCAGGAGACACUGGAGUCUGAUGGAGAUUGUGCCCAGGAUGUGGCUGACUUUAGCUGGGAUGACUAUCUGGAGGAGACUGGAGCUGUGUCUGUGCCCCAUCAUGCCUUCAAACACGUGGACCAGGGUCUGCAGACGGGGCUGACCCCCGGGAUGAAGCUGGAGGUAUGUCUGAGCUCAGAAACUUACUGGGUGGCCAACAUCAUCACCACCUGUGGCCAGCUGCUGCUGCUCCGCUAUGAGGGAUACCAGGACGACCGCCGUGCAGACUUCUGGUGUGACAUCAUGACAGCAGACCUCCACCCUCUGUGCUGGAGCCGGCAACACGGCAAAGCCAUGAGGCCUCCUGAUGGUGUCCGUGAGAAGCAUAAAGACUGGGAGCCUCUGUUGGAAAAGGCCUUGGCUGAGGGUUGCAGCGCGCCUGCCAGCCUGCUGGAAUUGCCCCAGCGUGGCAGAGACCCAGUGGAGCUCCUGUGCUCAGGAUGCUAUGUGGAACUCCAGGACAGAGUCGACCCGGGUCUGGCCUGGGCUGCUGAGGUGGAAGAAAAUGUAGGAGGAAGGCUGAAGCUGCGCCUGGUGGGUACCGAAGGCCUCCCGGACACACCCUCAACCCUUUGGCUCUUUUAUCUUCACCCACGCCUACACCCACCUGGCUGGGCCAAAGAGCACGGCUACACUCUGCGACCUCCUUCAGACCUAUUAGCACUGCGGACUGAGGAGGAGUGGGAAGAGGUGAGGCAGAGAAUAAGUGACCUUCCUCAGGAUGAAGCUCUUACUGCAGAGUUUACAAAGGAUCAGCCUGUCAUCGCUGCUCAUUGUUUCAAGGAAGGGAUGAAACUAGAGGCUGUUGACCCUACUGCACCUAUUUCCAUCAAGCCUGCUACUGUCACCAAGGUUUUCAAUGAGAAAUAUUUCUGGGUGACAAUGGAUGACCUUUGCGGUAUUGAAGAGUCAGAUGGUGCCGGCCGGUCCUUCCUGUGUCACAGAGACAGUCCUGGGAUCUUCCCCGCUCAGUGGAGUCUUAAAAACGGGCUCCCCCUCAGCCCCCCUCCAGGACACCAGGGUCCCGAUUUUGACUGGGCAGAUUACCUGAAACACUUCAAAGAGGCAAUGAAACUAGAGGCCGUCAACCCGCUGUCACCUGAGAACAUUCACGUGGCCACAGUCACCCGGGUUAAAGGGCAAUACAUUUGGCUCAGCCUGGAAGGUCUAAAGCAGCCAAUGCCAGAGCUGAUAGUUCAUGUGGACUCCCUCGACAUCUUUCCUGUCAGCUGGUGUGAGACAAAUGGUUACCCGCUGGUCCACCCCAUCAAGCCUUUAGUUGAGAAAGAAAGAAAAAUCGCUGUUGUGCAGCCAGAGAAGCACAGGACUCCACCUAAGUCCUCAUCACCUGAUGCAGUCAAACAGCAGAUUGCAAACCAGUCUGAGAUUGGUGCAGGCCCGGGAAAUGGAAAAUACUACUGUCCCAAAAUCUACUUCAACCACCGCUGCUUCUCCGGCCCUUACCUUAAUAAGGGGCGCAUUGCUGAACUGCCCCAAUUCAUCGGCCCUGGAAACUGUGCCCUUGUGCUCAAAGAGGUAUUGACUCUGCUGAUCAACUCUGCAUACAAGCCCAGCCGUGUGCUGAGAGAGCUGCAGCUGGAUCAGGAGAGCCGCUGGCAAGGAUAUGGAGAGACACUCAAAGCCAAAUACAAGGGAAAAAGUUACCGGGCUACAGUGGAAAUUGUCCGCACUGCAGAUCGCGUGGCAGAUUUCUGCAGGAAAACUUGCAUUAAAUUAGAGUGCUGCCCAAACCUGUUUGGACCUGGCAUGGUUCUGGAGCGCUGCUCGGAGAACUGCUCUGUACUCACCAAGACCAAAUACACAUAUUAUUAUGGAAAGAAGAAGAGUAAACGUGUUGGCCGUCCACCUGGGGGUCACUCCAAUCUGGAGGGUGGUGUAAAAAGAAGAGGACGGAGAAGGAAGAGGAGAAAGCAGCUUUUUGUACAUAAGAAAAGACGCUCUUCAGCCUCAGUAGACAACACACCUGCAGGAUCUCCACAGGGAAGUGGAGAGGAAGAGGACUUGGAUGAAGACGAUUCCCUGAGCGAGGACUCGGGGUCUGAGAUACAGGACGAUCUCCAGGACGAUUCCGAGCAGUCUGUCGGAAAAUCCCAGCCCACCACACCGUCCCCCUCCCCACCAGCAACGCCCCGGCCCUCACGCCGGCGCCGGAAACCCCGCUCACCCUCGUUCUCUGAUGAUGAGAACCAUCCUCCUUCACCCAAGACUUCAAAGGUUGAGCCUCCUCAGAAGCUUUGUUUGGACACCAGCCCACUAGAGUGGAGUGUUUCUGAUGUAGUCCGCUUUAUCAGGACCACAGACUGUGCACCUCUUGCAAGGAUUUUCUUGGAUCAGGAGAUAGACGGGCAGGCACUGCUGCUGCUGAACCUCCCAACAGUACAGGAGUGCAUGGACCUGAAACUGGGACCCGCCAUCAAACUGUGCCAUCACAUCGAGAGGGUCAAACUGGCAUUUUAUCAACAGUUUGCUACGUAGUUGAUGGAGAAGGAACGUGGGACAUGGCUUCACUCAGUUCUGCUUAUUAUUCCGGUGAAAACAUGGAAAUAAUAACAUCCAAUGACUUUUCUAACACAUGACAUCCUGCAUAGAUAGCACCCACCCAGACAGGCAUGGACCCAAGCUAGAAGAAGGACGAUUUCUAAAUGUUUUGAGGGGUGGGUUAAUACAAAAAGAGUAAAAAUCACUUCCUGGAAAAAACACUUGGAAAAAAAAACGAGAUGCGCACAAGAAGAAUAUGUUGGAAGCUUCUGUCAUGCGGUCUCUCUCGUUGCAAGGGACCUGCUCUUUGGUAAAAGGCAGGGGGGUAUAAUGGAUGAGAAGAAGUCACAGCACUAUGGUACAGAUCAGUUUAAUUUCAGUUACCUGUAAAUCUCUUAAUUAAAUCCAACAUUUUUAUGUGGAAACAAACCAUUAAUAAGAUAUUGCACUGAGGUAUAAACCAGAUUGUUUGUAGCCAUAUUUUAAUUGAAUUUAACCUUCUGUUGAAGAGUGCCUCUAUCUCCCUUUCUUCUCAUUUCUUACAACUACUGGUCUGUCCAUUCUCAAACCCCAACAUACUUUUCAUCUUAAACUGGAAAGACUCUGAAUCAAGGCUUUUUACAUAUUAUAAUGUACCAAGAAAACUUGGUAUCUUCAUUUACCAUUUGUCUGUAUUGAAUUGUUGUCUAUAUUGAAUUUAUAAAUUAGUUGGAUUAGCUUCUUAAUCUUGUUUCUUAAGUAUAAUUUAGUUGAAUUGGUGUUAAUGUUUUUGGUGUAUGCAACAGGCCCCUUAGUUCAGAACUCUUUCAGAAAAAGGAAAAAAAACAAGCUGCACAUUAGAAUAUUACGUUGGAGGCCUCUCUCAUUUUGAUCUCUCGUUGCAAGGGACCUGGUUGUAUUUUUAAAGGAAUCUUUUAAUUCAUCAUUGAGAGAGGGAAGAGUUAAGAUGAGCAAUAAUUUCUUCAGAAGUCAAGCACUAAAAUCCAUACGGAGCUAGUCAUUUUAUGGUUAGUUAGGAUUCAAAAGAAUGGGUAUGACACAUUGGCGAUACAAUUUUGGGCAAGAAACAGGCUAUGUAAUUUCAUUAUAUAUUUAUGGAAAAUCUAAAAUUGAAAUACUUCAAAUCAAAUCCCUUCUAAGUGUGCAUAAUAGAAAGGGCCUCUUAAAAGAUCAAAUGGUUAUUGUCCUACAGUAUGUGAAAGCUGGUUAUGGUGAUGAUUCUGUAAUGCAAGCACAAGCUAAACCAUGCACUGUGUUCCCAGUGUGUCUGUACAUAUGUAUAUAAAAAAUAUCUUCUAGAGCAACAGGGUGAUUUGGAGGCUACAUGUAUUGAAAAAUUGUCUGCAUAAGAAAUGUGUAAAUGUCCAGACAAUACAGUAUAUUUGCACAGGAUAGACCUUAACUUUCAUAAAAUUGGGAGUAUGAUUGGAAGAAAAGAAGCAACUUGAGUCAUGUCAUAUCAGCAGAGCAGUUUUAACAAAUAUUUGGCAGUUCUUUUGUAUAUAUAUUUUUUAAUCCAGUUUGCCAUUUCAAGUAGGGCGACUUAGUGUAUGUGCUUUUGUGUGUGAUAAAAAAAAAAACUCCAUCGUUUCUUUGUUGGCUAAUUUGCUUGAAUUUUCAUCUGUUCUCAAAUCAACUGAACAAACGUAUUUGCUGUUUGAAGAUUAUUACUGCUAUUUAAAGAGAACAUUGCAAUAAUAAAAACGAUA